AUGGCUUGUGUUGCAUUGACUUCUCUCAUGGCAACAAUUCAGCAUGAGUUACUUCAACCCAACCACAGAGUGUCUCUUUUUGAUGAAAAGCCAUUGAAAUCUGUGUUUGAGAAGCUUUCUUCUUUGGAAGCCUUUCUGAAGAAGGAAUACAACAACGGUGGUGCUCCAAUCCCACAUCUGCAAAUCAAAAUCAGAGACUUUGCACUCAAAGCUGAAGAUGACAUUGAAAUACAACUAAGAAACACCCUUCUACCCAAAGACGGAGGAGAGCAUAAACAAAAAGCUCAUGCGAAACUCUACCAAAUCUUGCAAGAAGUAGCAAAGGAUGCAUCAGAGUUGUUGAAGAUUAUCAAUAGCGCAAGCAAUGAAGUUGAAGUGGCCAACGAUUCACAACUUGAGAACAUUUUGUCAGGUGGAUCCUUGCAAUGUUCUCCAGAGCUUGACGAUAUAAUGGUUGGUCGUCACAAUGAGUUUACAUCGUUAAGGAAUGUUAUCCUCAAUGAUAUUAUUAUUCCACAACGAACAGUACUCCCAAUUUUUGGAGUGCCAGGCCUUGGAAAGACUACUUUUUGUAAAAAACUCUAUGCAAAUGAAGGGGUUGUAUCACAUUUCAGCAUUCGGGGUUGGGUUACUAUUCCGCGAAGAUACAAUGUGCAACAAUUAUUGCGCCACCUUCUUCAAUCAAUGAAGCCAUCCCUCAAUGAAAUUGACAUGGGAAGCACUGUUUUUCAACUAAAAGUGCAACUGCACAAACACUUGAAAUGCAAAAGAUAUUUAAUUGUUUUGGAUGAUGUCCCUAACACUGUGGUUUGGGAUGAUAUCCAACAAUGUUUCCCUGAUGAAUCAAAUGGAAGUCGGAUAUUGCUAACCACUCUUUUCAGUGAUGUGGCUAAGUACAUUAGCAAAGAUUUCUAUUCCUUGCCUUUCCUAACUGACAAUGAGAGUUGUGAUCUAUUUUGCCACAGAUUUUCUCUUAAACAGUAUAUGUCACCUAAAUUUAAAGAAAUUGCAAAGAAUCUUAUUGAGGAAUGCAAAGGAUUGCCGCGGUCAAUUGUUAUGGUUGCAAAUCGUUUAUCUAAAUGCAACUACACAUUGAAGGAAUGGAAGAAGAUUGAAAAAGAACUACUGUCAUUGGGAAUUCUACAUAAAGAUGCACAACACUCAAUCUUUCCAAAACACAGUCAAAUCCAAGUGGAAAGACUUAUUAAGUUAUGGAUUGCUGAGGGAUUUGUGAAGCCACUAAGGUGUCUGCCAUUAGAAGAUAUAGCUUACCGGUAUUUAGAUGAUCUUAGAAGUAGAGGACUAGUCGAUCUAGACAUGGGCAAAGCUUUCAAACCAAAGACUUCUUAUUGUUUCAAGAGAGUGCCGCCAUUGCCCUUGGGGGAUUUAGUUUUUUUGAGAUAUCUAUCCGUACCACAAUGGUUUGGCAAUCUUGAUGAUGUAGUAUCAAAUAAUUCGAAUUUGCAAACGCUUAUUGUUUCUGGGGUUGAUCAAUCAACAAUUGGAGCACCUACUCUUCAUUUGCCAUCCAAAAUUUGGGAGCUGCAACAUUUAAGGCAUCUUGAGCUUGGGGAUAUGUAUAUGGUAGAUCCUCCAAACAUGGUUAAAGAGCAUUUGCAAACAUUAGUUUGUGCGAUGCCAAUUCAUUUCAAGAAAGAAGUGUAUUAUUGCAGGUUUCCAAGCAUAAGAAAACUGAAAAUUCUCUAUAAAGACCUCUUUGAGGCCGGUUGCACCCUUGGAUCUUGCGGAAAUCCCACCAUCAUUCUGGAGAAUUUUGAGGAUUUAUUAAGGCUGGAGACUCUAACGGUUAUCGUUUCAGUUGGUCGUAUAACCCUUUUGGAGCAGCUUGGUUUUCCUGCAAGUUUGAAGGAGUUGAGGUUGAGUGGGACUAAUUUUCCGGUGAAGGUUUUAAGGGUAAUUGGGCAGUUGCCCAGACUUAGGGUGCUGAAACUAGAAAAUGCUUUCUAUGGCAGAGUGUGGGAAGUAGCUGAAGGCAGAUUCUGUGAAUUAGAAGAGUUGGUCCUUGAAGCCAGAAAUCUGGAGCGAUGGGUGACCAAUGGUAGUCAUUUCCCAAAUCUCAGGCAUAUAGUCUUAAAAUGUUGUUAUUUUCUGGAAGAGAUCCCUCCUGAUUUUGCAGAAGGCCCCUUGUUGUUGUUUUCAAUUAAGUUGGAGCAAUGUCCUCCUUCUGUGGUCACUUCUGCCAAGUGGAUUCAACAAAGAAUGCGCUACAGAUUUGAGGUACCUGGGAUUAAGCUGCCUGAAGUUACUAUCGACGGCAAGAUUCUUUCAUACACAGAUAAGGAAGAGUCAGAAGAAGACGACCAGCCACCAGGCAGGGCUGGCAUUGAGUUAGUUACCAUUAGAAGAAGGAUAUGAUGCCAGAGGGUAUCCUAGCUACAUGUAGCUUUGUCUUCCAUUUAGCAUUGUUUAAUUUUUUUGCAGCUGAAACGAUACCAUGGGAGUAGAUCAUAAAGUGUAUCAUUUGACACCUCGAUCUCUAUGCCAUGGACAAUAGCAGACAGUCUCCAACUAUAAUUUCAUUCUCAUUUUUAGAGUGUCUCUUCAUGAUGAAAAGCCAUUGAAUUCUCUGUUUGAGAAGCUUUCUUCUUUGCAAGCCUUUCUGCACAAGGAAUACAACAACGGUGGUGUUCAAGUCCGUCAUCUCAUCUUGUAAUCAAAAUCAGAGACUUUGUGCUCAAAUUGUGUUCAAGUCCGUUAUCUCAUCUUGUAAUCAAAAUCACAGACUUUGUGCUCAAAUUAAUGUUGAAGAUGACAUUGAGAUACAACUAAGAAGCUUUCUUCUCGCCCAAGACGGAGAGUGUCAAGCCAAAGCUCGUGGGGAUCGGAACUCCAUCCAAACUUGCGAAUUGAAAAGCAGCGGAAGAUGAGAAGAGAAGCAUUGAUCCUCAAGUGGCCAAAGGUGCUCAUUCAUCAUAGAGUCGCCGUCGAUGACACUAUCAAUAAAAAGAAUAGGACAAAUACGGAAGAUGAAGACAAUGGUACUCAAAAGAAAAUUAUGGAAACUUAUAA